UUUGUUCUUCACUCUCAGCUUCCGGCUUGUCUGUUCUAACUUGUGUCAAUUUUGCCUUUGAUUGAUCAGCAAACUUCUCUCAGCCAUGGAGUCUCUGUAUAGACGCCAGUCCUCCCAAACCCUUGGGUACUCCAGUGCCUCUGGCAGACCGGCAACAGGGUAUGCUUACAGCGUAAGCGGAGGCGCUGGGGGCCAUGGAACCAGGAUCUCCACUGCUUCAUAUUCCACUCGGGUUGGCAGCGGCUUUGGUGGGGGGUACGACUACCAAUCCUCUGAGUCAGGCUCUGGAACCUUGGCAAUUGGAAAUGAAAAGAUUGCCAUGCAGCAUCUGAAUGGCCGUCUUGCCAACUACCUGGAGACGGUUAGGAAUCUAGAGAAGGCCAACAAAAGUCUGGAGAUCAAGAUCAGGGAGGUCGUUGAGAAGAGAGGGCCCUUGGAAGGACGGGACUAUAGCAAAUACUACGCCACCAUCACGGAGCUGAAAGGCAAGAUCUUUGACAUGGUCAAAGGCAACGCCCAUCUUGCAAUUGCAGUUGACAAUGCACGACUGGCAUCAGAUGACUUCAGAGUCAAGAUGGAGUAUGAGCUGUCCAUGAGGCAGACUGUGGAGGCUGACGUAGCCAGACUCAGGAAGCUUCUGGAUGACACUAAUGUCGCACGUUUGCACCUCGAAGGGGACAUUGAGUCUCUAAAAGCAGAGCUGAUCACCUUGAAGAAGAACCAUGAGGAAGAUGUAACUGAGCUGCGUGCCCAGAUUGCACACGCUGGCGUCCGUGUGGAUGUUGAUGCUCCUAAAGGCCACGACCUGGCCAGAAUAAUGGAGGAAAUGAGAGAGAAGUAUGAGAGGAUAGCACUCAAGAACCAGGAAGAACUCAAAGCAUGGCAUAAUUCUCAGAUCACAGAGGUGCAGGUCCAGGUGACUGAGAGCUCGACAGCUCUGAAGGAGGCCACGACAACGAUGAGCGAAACUAGGAGGAGACAACAAGCCUUGGACAUUGAACUUCAAUCCACGCUCAGUUUGAAAGCCUCCUUGGAGGCCACCCUGCGUGACAUCGAGAUACGGUAUAACAUGGAGGUGGAGAAGUACAAUGCGAUCAUCCUGAGGCUGCAGGAAGAGCUAGCUAAGAUCCGCACUGACAUUCAGCAAAACUCACGAGAGUACGAAAACUUGCUGAACAUCAAGGAGAAGCUGGAGGCUGAGAUCAUCGAGUACAGGAGGCUGAUGGAUGGAGGCGCUGACUUACAACUGGAGGACGCUCUUGAGCAAAAGACGGUGCAGACUAAAGUGGUGACAGUCACUCAGACUCUGGUGGAUGGGAAAGUGGUGUCACAAAGCCAGGAUGUUAAAUCCAGCGAACAAACCUUGUAAUAACCAGAAUAAAACCUGAAAGUAAAAAUUGCAAA